UGAAACAGAAGGGAAGGGGGAAUCGGGGAAGGGGAGGGAGAAGAGCGCGUCGUUCUACGCCCUGCCCGCCUGUCGCCGCCCUUCAUUGGAGCCGCCGCCAUCGUCGCGCUAACCGGAGGGUGUGGAGACGAAGAAGAGUGCGCGCGAGAGAGGAGAAGUAGCCACCAUCGUCGAGGACUCCAUCACCGCUGUUGAAGGUCCUGACCAUCGAGCUUGUCGUCGCCGUCGCACCUCCCAUCACUGCCGCCACUAAGGAGCUCAAAGAGAGAGAAAGGGUUCGCCCAGAGAGAGAAACACGAUGAGGGAGGAGGAGGUUGCCUCUGUUGCUACCAAGCCGUCGCUGGCGGGGUUGGUUCGCCGUCGCCGUUGAGCUGUGUGCCGCCGUUGGCGUCUGGAUCGCCACUCUGUUUCUGCUGCAACUCACCACUGUCCUGGUGAGCUUUACCCUGCGAGUUACUUUGCUGUCGCAUAAUAUUGAUUUUAAUGUUGAUUUGGUAUAAUGUUGUUCUGAUGUUGAUUUGGUAACUGGUUAUUUGGAAAUGCUGUUGUGAUUUUAUUUUGAUUUUAAGAUUGAUUUAGUAUGUAACUGGUUCUCUGGCAAUGCUGCUCUGAUUUUAUUUUGAUUCCAAUUGCCCUCAUACUCAAUUUCACCAAACUGGACAUACACUUACCUUGAAGCAGCUUGGUCGGAUCAUUGGCAAAGGCCAGCGUGGAAGGAGGCUUGUGCUACUCUUCAAAAGCUCCUUUCAAGUACAAGUUGCACCUCAAUUUGUUCUUUUCUUUUACUUUGUUUCCACAUUCUAAUUCCUUAAACGCUACACUUUCACUCCCUUUCAACCCAAAAUCGCACUUCUCCGUCACUUGCUCUGCCUCUUCUUCCGAUCCUCUGCUGGUGAAGGCUGCCAGAGGAGAACCUGUUAGUCGGCCAUCAGCAUGGAUGAUGCGCCACGCGGGAAGGUACAUGGUUGUUUACAGAAAGCUUGCUGAGAAAUAUCCAUCCUUUCGAGAGAGGUCGGAGACAACUGAUCUCAUUGUGAAAAUUUCUUUGCAGCCUUGGAAUGCCUUUAGGCCUGAUGGAGUGAUCAUUUUCUCUGACAUCCUUACGGCACUUCCUGUAUUUGGGGUCGAAUUCGACAUUGAAGACGUAAGGGGUCCUGUUAUUCAGUCCCCAAUACGCUCCGAGGAGGGACUAAAGGCUAUGCAUCCAAUUGACCUGGAAAAGCUCAGUUUUGUUGGAGAUUCACUCAAGAUACUGCGCAAGGAGGUUGGUGGUGAUGCUUCCGUUUUAGGUUUCGUGGGAGCACCUUGGACAAUAGCAACAUAUAUAGUGGAAGGGGGUACAACACGCACCUAUACAACCAUUAAGAGUAUGUGCCAUACAGCACCACAUUUAUUGUGGACUCUGCUCUCUCAUUUGGCACAAGCAAUAACAGAUUAUGUUAUUUUCCAAGUGAAGUCUGGGGCUCACUGCAUACAAAUAUUUGAUUCAUGGGGUGGACAACUACCACCUGAUAUGUGGGAACGCUGGUCAAAGCCUUAUAUAAAAAAGAUUGUAGAUUUGGUCAAAAAAAGAUGCCCUGAGACACCGAUUGUUCUUUAUGCAAAUGGAAAUGGUGGCCAUCUUGAGCGUAUGAAAGAUACUGGAGUUGAUGUUAUUGGGCUGGACUGGACUGUGGAUAUGGCAGAUGGAAGAUCAGAUUUAAGAUUCUUUCUAGUUCUUUAUGCGGAGCAGUUGCCAUUGAAGCCAAGAGAGUCCACUCAAGCUAAGUUACCACACCAACUUUGUUGAAGAAAAAUGAAAAAAUUGCCACCCUUAGGUUAUAGUAUUAUGGUAUUUUGAAAAAUGAUGAUGAUAUAAGUAAAAGUAGUUAUGACCUAGAUUAGUAUUAUGUUAUUUUGCAAUGAUAUAUAAUGUGAUUGUGGAUCUUACAACAAUUUUUGUAAGUCAAAUUUGAUGGUAAAUAUUUAAUUAGUUUUUUUUAAU